CAACCCUCACCUCCACACUCUCUCAGAAAUCACAUCUCUCUCGCUCUUUUACUAUCCACUUCUUAGUCCCUUCACCCGGCAUUGAGUGCUGCGUACUUUUCCCAAUCUGGUCAAUCGGCAACAACAUCGCUUAGACCCGUUUUGGUUGAUCCACACUCAUCCCCACUCUGCCAUUCUCAUUCUCAUUCUCAUUCUCUCACCCCACACUACAGCCUACCCUCCCACCACUUACCAUCUAGUAAACCUCUCUUAGACUCUCUAUCUCUCCUUUACCACACCGUCUACCUCCGCAGCUCUUUGAUACUCAUCUAAGACUCACCGCACAGCCCCUCCUUCCUACUACCCCCACUCCCAAAGUCCGUGCAUCAUGGCUACCACACAUGUCAUUUCCACCUCCAAUCCAGGUGCACAUCUCUCUUCCUCCGGUCAUUCCAGCUCGAGCAACAUUGUCGGAGUACACUACAGAGUCGGAAAGAAGAUUGGGGAAGGAUCUUUUGGUGUCAUAUUCGAAGGAACCAAUCUUCUCAACUCUCAGACAGUUGCUAUCAAAUUUGAACCUCGCAAAUCCGAUGCGCCCCAACUACGCGACGAGUAUAGAUCCUACAAGAUCCUCAGUGGUUGCUUGGGAAUACCUCAGGUGUACUACUUUGGACAGGAAGGUUUGCAUAACAUCCUUGUCAUCGACCUCCUUGGACCCUCUUUGGAAGACCUCUUCGACAUGUGUGGAAGGAAAUUCAGUGUGAAAACAUGUUGCAUGACCGCUAAGCAAAUGUUGUCCCGAGUGCAAACUAUCCACGAGAAAAACCUCAUUUACCGUGACAUCAAACCUGACAACUUUCUCAUCGGUCGACCAGGAAGCAAAGCGCAGAAUAUCAUUCACGUCGUAGACUUUGGAAUGGCAAAACAAUACAGAGAUCCCAAAACUAAACAACACAUUCCUUACCGUGAACGAAAGAGUUUAAGUGGUACCGCACGUUACAUGUCCAUCAAUACACAUCUUGGUCGAGAACAAUCACGACGAGAUGACUUAGAAGCCCUAGGGCACGUUUUCUUUUACUUUCUUCGCGGGGCUCUCCCAUGGCAAGGGUUGAAGGCGGCCACAAACAAACAGAAGUACGAAAAGAUUGGGGAGAAGAAACAAACCACACCUAUUCCUGAGCUAGUAGAUGGAUAUCCACAGGAAUUCGCCAUCUACCUCAACUACGUCCGUAAACUAACAUUUGAUGAAACUCCCGAUUACGACUUCCUUCGAGAAUUAUUCAGUACAGCAUUGAAGAAUGCCGGCGAGGAGGAUGACGAAGUGUACGACUGGAUGUUGCUCAAUAAUGGUAAGGGUUGGGAAGCUUCUAAAAGCUCACCACCUGCGGAAGUCGUUCGCCAGCCAACGAGGACACGGGAGAAAGAGUACAGACCAGCGGAUCGACUACGAAGCGGCGUGAACGCUCCUCUGAACUACAGGAAAUCUGGUUCUGCAUUACCUAACGCAUCCAACCAAGCCAUCGUCGGCGUCUCUGCACCCUCACCCCUUCCCGCUUCUCGAAGACAAAGUCAGCAAGGCGGUCAUCCAUUCGCCACUGCUAGCGGUAUGGACCGAGACGGACGGUAUGAAUCCUCCAAUGUCCCCAUCGAGAGUCAAGCCGGUCUACAGCCUAUCGCACCGAUGAACGUAAACGGUCGAUCGGGGAACACGGCCGCUGGUUCACAGCAAAUGGGCGAAGGGGAUUAUGCACCGAAGAAGCAGGGUGGUUUUAUGCGUUUGCUCACUUGUGGAUGUUGUCGAUAACGAACAUUUUCAUUGUUUGAUAUUAUCGACGACUUUUGUGACGUUCACGAAAUGAUGAAGGUAGAUUAAUUGAAAGUACGAUUCUUUAAGCCUUGUUCAGCGCCCUCCUUUUUUUCCAUUUUCCUCUUCAAUAGAUACCAGAGCUUUUAAUCCUUUUCUAACCUACAUUCUCUGCACUUUUGUACACCGGACACGCCGGACAUGCCCGUGACGUUGUUUAUACCCUUUUGUGCACUGGGUCUGUGGAUCCGAUGCAUUCAAUGCUUCGUCGUUGCGAAAUUGCGACUUGGGUCGCAUGGAUGGAUUCAUUCAUUCAUGUUCG